AUGCUCCAUCUACAAGACCAUCGCAAGAAUUUGCAGGAGUUGGUGCGAAAGCAAAAACGGGCCCGCGCUACUGCUCGCAAAUUGGAGGAAGAACGAGAACGCGAACGUAAUCAACGAAUAGCGGAAAAUUUAGCUGCCACAGCUGAAGCUGCUAAGCUGGCCGCAAAGCGUUCGUUGCGCUUUAAGAGAGGCAAACUAUCAACGUCUAGCUUAAAGGCAGGCCUUGCGUUCACGUUCAUUUUCUUGCUCUACAUGUCCCUCCAGAGUCGGUAUGGUGAAAACUUAAGGAAUGCUACUGAUGUUGAAACUGAUGAAGUUCCACCGGAGUGUGUUCUCCAAGCCUCUCGGCUCCUCGCCGAAGAGGAAAAUGUUGCGCUUAAGAAGCCUCGUUGCCCCGCUACUCUCAUCGUGCCUACAACCUAUCAUUCAAGUUCGCUUAUUGCAAAAUCGCUAUAUUUUUUCCGUUCUAAAGCUGUUUUUGCUAACUUGGGUUUUCUCCUCAAAGAGGAUAAUGCGCUUGCUCGGAAUUCUGUCGCAUCUGCCUCCGCUACACAGUCUACUCAUGGGAAAAUUCAUGAAAAUAAGGACCACCGUAAUGUUGGCUCUUGUCUCUUUCUCACAUCAACAUUCCCAUCAGGCCAGCUCUACAAGAGUUUCUCAGAUGAUAGCAAUCCAAACGCACCAUAUGCAGGACUUUUUUCUGGUCGUUCUGGUGCAGCUGUUGUCUCUACUAGUCUUCCACUAAAAAGCCGGGUAUUAAGACCACGUGCUGGGCGUACCCAUCCAAAGGCACCGAGAACAAAGGGCUUUGGAGUUCAGGUCAACAUACAUGAUCCAAUCGCCUUUCCAGAGUUUUGUGGCGUGGAGCCCAUGCUUGGAGUUUGGUACAUGUAUAUGGGCUGCUCUAGGCACGCUGAAGUGACCACUCAUUGGAAUGAUGCUGAAUGUGAGCAGGCCCGUCUGCAAGCUCGCCUUUGUGCCAGCCGAGCUCGAAGGUUUGUCCAUUUGGAUGCUGAUGGGGAUGACGCCGAUGACGAUGACGCUAUUGAAGUCCUUACGUCUUCGUCAUCUUCCUCCUCCUCCUCCAAAAGUAGUUGCAUUUCUGAGGCCCAGCAAGUGGAUAAUUUACUUGAACCUGCCAAAAAACCUGUCGGCACAACGGAGUCAUCUCAUUGGAUGCCAAAAACUGGAUCUUCUAGUACGAAGUCAGGCACUCCGCUGAGGUCGCUCUUUGACAGUCACUUGAAGCAUCUUCAGGAGCGGUCUAAAACCGUGUCUGAUCCGCUGCGCUUUAUGGAGAUUUACAAACAGAAGUGUCAGGAACAUGUCAUGCACCCACGUGGUGACUCACGCAUCGAGGCCUCAGCGACAGCGGUUCAUCCAGUACAGGUCAAUGGAACACAUUUCAGCUAUGAAGGCUGUGCAUCUGAAACGGACAAAACCAGCGAAGGAGCUUCUUCGAUUCCCAGUUUGGCCGAGGAGAGUGCUCACUCAAGGCAAGUGGAGGUUCAAUCGCGGCAACGACUGGCUCCCGCCGUUUUGGGACUGAGUUUGACUGCGGAGUUGCAUCGAUACGAAACCCUUUCUGCCUCUGAACAGCAUAUUACCGGUCUCGAAAUGACUCGGCAGAUAUCACAAGCUCAGGCAGAGGGUCUCAGUAUGUAUCAUCUUUCGAAAAACACGGCUGUGUCCCCAAUUGUCUUUCCGAGGGUUAGCGAGCCACGUACUCUUACACAAACCGUCACUAAGAGGAGUUUUACCACUGCUACUGCCACCGCCGCUGCUACUACCGCUUUCUUACGUAAUUCUAAUCGGUCCGAAGGGAUAGAUUUUAAUAGGGAUUCGAGCAUUGGCAAUUACAACGCUCUGCGCAGAAUCGAUCCACAUGCAUCGAGCAUGGAUGUCAAUGAUAUAAACGUCACCCCGUCUAAUUUGGAGGUAUCGGCUGCUCUUGAUGACCUUGUGGACGUAAGGUCAGAACAGUUCAAGGGGAUUUUGCAGCAACGUGCGUCCGAGCUCCAUGCUCGCCGCCAUGAGGCCGAGUUGCUGCUAAAAUAUGCCGCCAAGUUGGAUCGUGAGGAACGCAAAGUAGCCGCCCUCGAAUCAAAGGCCGUUAAGGCACUUACACAAUCGAAGGGCCGACGCCCAACAGAAGAGGCUUACAUUCCAUUUCAACAGUCGUCGCAUUCACCCUCUCCCACACUUCAAACUUUGAAGGCGUUUGAAGAGAGUCCACCCCCGCCCGCUCUUCCGACUGCAUCAAUUUUGCUACCAGAUUCGUCGACUUUCCCAUGUUCAUUCCCUGUCGCAUUGCCUUUCGCUGGACAAGUCAGCGUGGUGAACUCUGAGAAUGAUUUCCCAGUAGAGGUGCUGGAAUCGACUGCCUCUCUCCCUAAUCAGCCCUCUCCUAGAUCCAGCACAAAGCUACUGACUCCUCCUCAACAAAGUAGUUUGGGACCGCCAACAAUUCUUCGCGGCAACGAUAAUGGUGCUGGCGUUGGUGAAUCCGACAGACGCGACUUUAAUCAGCAAAGCCUUUCGCUGCAACACCAGUUUGGACAUCGGAAUCAUGAGUCACAGAUUUCAUCACCCCAACGUCUCAACCAAGGCUCCAUUAUCUCUACUUCCUCCUCACCCUCCGGUCUUCGCGCGUAUUCCGACAGUCUUAGCUCAUCGCAGUUCGUCUCUCAGAUAGAAGUUCGUCUGACCUCUCUGCAGAAGGAGCUGCAGCGUCAUGAGAAGCUUCUCAGUCGCAUUGACGCGCAGAAAAAGAUGGCGAAUAAGGAUCGGCUUGUGCGUUUGGAAACAACUCUGGAGAAUCACCGAAAGGUAUAUUUAUACCGUCAUUCGAUGGUUUCUUUUUGUCUGGAGAUAAUUGAUAACAUCAAGAUGGAAAUAGGCUCUUGUCACCAGUCGCUGUGUGAAAAAAGCCAAUUUGAGGCGACUCCUACGGUGCAAAUGACGUCCGGUGCCAGUGCACGUACCUCUCCGUCUUCGGAGCCCUCCUUCUUGGGCAAAUCUAUCCGUCCGUGCUUUCGAAAGUCAAAUAACACCAUGAGUCUUCUGUCAUCGUGUUCAACUGUUGAAGAAGAGGCCGUUAAAGGCACUUGCACGGUAUCUGUGGAAGGAGAGGAGGCCUCUGUACCUUCAGAAACAGACACUCUGAAGUCAUUACGCGGAGGGAGGGCGCUGACUUUUAAGUCAGAUGUGGGUGAAGACGGGAAGCUAGAACGCUUGAUGGGUAUGGGAACUGUGAAGUCUGCAUCACCGAAAGCCUCAACCCUUGCGAAAUUAGGUGAAACAAUGGCAUCGGAGACAUCAUCGGAGUCAUCUAUAACUCAACGAUUAGCUUCGCCAAUGGAAAUGAGUUUGAUUGUAAAACCUGAUUUCGUCCAUUCUGCUACGAACGAUGUGGAUUCUGAAGGACACGUCAGUUCUGCAGAGAAACUUUCUUUAAAGAUGCCCUUGCCUAGUAGAACUCCAUCCGUUGUGGAAAAGACGUCUCUGUCGAUAUUGAUUUCAGAUGAUCAGAUUAGUUCUGCGACUUUGGCGAGGUCUGAGUCUGGGGAACCUGAUAAAUCUAGGAGCACCGAAGCAAAAAUAACUUUGCAGAUGUCUUCAGAAGCAUUGGGUCCGAUCAGAUCAACUCAAAUGCAUACAGAGAUGGAAGAAUCAAAAGCAAGCAUUAAUGAGCAGGCGAUUAGUUCCGCAGCUUCUAUGCAUUCCAAUGUAUCUAAAUGUGUGAAACCUAUAGAGUUUGGAAGUUUUGUUGAGGUACUGGGUUCUGAGGUGCCUUCACAAGAAAUUAUCCCAGUUGAAAAGAGUUCAUUCCCCAUGGAUCCUAAACCAAUGUCAAAUUCUGUUGCUGCUGCUGGAGAGUUGAAUGAGGCACCUUUGGAAGUUGACGUAGGCGGCUAUAAAGGUAAAGCAGUGUCUUCUGAGGUGGCUUCUCGAGCUGACCCAAAGGACAUUUCGGGGGAGGUUGAGCUGACGACCACUUCUGUUGAAGUGUUUCCUCCAGACAAAGAACCGGAAUCAUCUGAAUCUAAUCAUUCUCGCACUGAGAUCAAGGAGGCUGGAGAGGAUUGUAAGGAAGAAAAGGGCGAGAGGAGUGGCUCAAUUGAAACUGUUGCCUCAGAGCUCUCUCUUAAAACGCCUUCUUUAAACUCAAAUACCCUUAGUGCAGGGGUUCAGGAACUGAAUUCAGCAAAGGAAUCGAUAAAUCAAAUCACUACUGGAUCGAAAUCUGAAUCGGCGUCAGACACUGCGGAUGUCUACACGGAGGACUUUGAAGAUGAGGCGUUUGCAGACGAUGAUCCAAAACAGGAUCACGGAUGCUUAGUGGGUACCGAUGCAAUUUUGGAAGUACAGGUGUCAGAUUCUGCAUCAUCAUUGGAUUUCAUUGAGAUCAAGACAAACGCUUUACUGGAUGGAUUUAUUGACCAAUGGCUGAAUGAUUUCAUCGGCGAAGGAGUUAUUACCGAUACAACGGGAAUGGUGGUUAAUACGCCCUCGCGGACUGUUCUGCUGUUCAAGGAUGCUAUGCAAUUUUUCUUUCACCUCCGUGCCUCUUCAAAGCCCGGAACAUUUGAGGAAGUUUUAAAUUCAAUCCAGUAUCCGCCUCGUUUUACCGAGACCUAUGCUGAGGAUGAGGACUUGAAGAUCUGUGAACGCGUGCCUCAGUCGCGGCUGGUGAACCGGCCACUUUUCUUUGACCUGAUUCGCAUUGGCAUGCUCGACAUUUUCGCAGGUGAAGACGAGGACGUCAAAAAUAAUCGCGAGCCCCGUCUCAACAGCGCACGUCUUCAUAUGUGGCGCGGUAGGCACAGGCCCGAAAGUCAGUCGCGUUGGGAGGCCAUUCUAGCUCCACAGCUAGAGGCAAUAUUGGGAAUGUCCUUAGAUCCAGCGGAAUCCUCGGGUCCUUCGCCCUCGAUUUUGCCUGAACCGCAGGUUUUCGAUCCUUUCGUUCUGCGUAGUAGCCUUGUCCAGUGGACGCUAUACUCGAAGACCUGUUGGAUCGAGCAGUUGUUGGAGGCGGAGCUGCGUGAUGAGGACUCCUCUUGGUUCAACCUUAAGCCCUUUGAGGAGCAGGUCAUUGACAGUGCUGUCGAAGCUAUUACACUUGAACUUGCCAACGACGAGGCGGCUGCUGUCGUGAAGAGGCUGAGGCACGAACAUGAGUGCGAGGAGAAAUGUUUGAAGGAGCAGGAGACGGGAAAAAGUGUGGGAAUGGGCGCCGCACAUUCGCAUGGUUCGACAAGGUGGGCAGCUUCAAAGCCGAAACCGAAGUCGAAGCCCUUUUCUCUUGACACUUUUGUUUCCGACUUGGUCAAGCAGAUGGUGGAACGCACCGUGGAUGGUGUAAUUGAAGAAAAACAGAGGAAAAAAUCCAAUGCAGUUGAAAAAACAGAAGAAUCCAAAGAGUCUUCGACGAACUCCAAGGCAGAUGAAUCUGAACUGGAAGUGCUCAGUUCUACCAAUGAUUUCUUUCGAACUACCUUGGCAGACGAUCAUCUAGACAAGUCUGACAGCACUCCGGACGGUUUCAUGGAAGAUGAUGAACUCUCCACCACUUCUACAUCGUCCUCAUUACAGACUACCACCAGUUCAUCUCCCCUGGAGGACUCCACCAAUGCACUCGUCGUCUCGCCUCCAUCUCCUCCUCCCCCUCCGCCCGGAAUUCCAGAAGAUCAACUGGUCGGGCUAAUUGUUAAUAUACCCUCGCGACUAGCAUCGUUAUUUAAAGACGGAAUGCAGUUCUUUUGGAGCCUGCGCACUUCAUCCAAGCUUGGAACGUUUGAAAAGGCGUUGAGAGAGGCCACGUAUCCACCUCGCUUCACCAUGGACUGUGUCGAAAGAGAAGAUGUUGAACUCUGCAGGUCAGCAGACGAAAUGAGCCUCCUGAAUCGACCUCUCUUCUUCGACUUUAUUCGUGAAAUACUUCAGCGCGUAUACGAAGGUGAGGACGAGGAUGUCCAGCUGAAUCGGAUGCCUGUUGUCAACAGCGCCCGAUACCGACUAUGGCUUGGACCCAGGCGACCGAACUCAUUGACUUUGCUAGAGCGUAUUGUUCAAACAAAUCUGGAGGCCGAUUUUGGCGUUUCACUUAAAUCGCGCUGUGGCAAUUCUGAGGAGGAUCGCAAUCGUAAUCCCUCUCCGCCUCGUGUGGUCAUGGAUACUAAUCGACUGCCUCGACUGGCCCAGUGGACCAUUAAACGUAAGGACUGGCUUGACCAACGACUGGAAUUGGAGAUGCGAGCGGACGAGCCAACCUGGUUCAACUAUAGACCUUUUGAGCAGAAUUUGUUGAAUAAUCUGACCAUAAUGGUCAUGACAGACAUUUUCAAUGAGGUGUACGAUAGGUGUGCCAAGAAGGUCGCAAGGGAGGUUUAUUAUGAGGAUUUGCACUUGUUGAAUGGUAAACCAGGGUCACAGGUGAGGAAGAACUUUGGAAUGGAUUUAGUCCGAGUUCGAAGUCCCAGCUCAAUGUCGGGAACUACGACAUGA